UGAAGACACUCAGAUGAGAAUCCGAACACUCCUUUGAUAAAAGAAGAGAAAGUACUAAUUCUAACCUAAAAAAAAGUCAUCAGUUUUAUAUACAUCAAACGUAUAGUGUUAACAUGGCCAAAGAGCGUGGCGUCUUGAAAAUAAUUUGGAACAGUUUUGUAUCCUCGCUGAAACCUCGCUUCGCCCGCCGCAAAUUGAUUGGCGAGGAUUAUUUUGGCACGAAAUACUAUGAGGAAGAUAUUCGUUAUUCCGCCCGGAAAAGGCCACCACGAUAUUUCAUUCCAGUGAAUAAGGAAGACUUUGAACAAGAGUUACCCGCGGAGUGGGAAGCCUGGUUGAGAUAUCGUAGAAAAGAACCACCCACGCGAGAGGAAAUAGAAGCUAAUUAUCAAUUGGCAAUAACUAAGAAGAAGAAUGCAGCGAAGCUUUUAAAUGAGAAUCGCUCAAAAAAUGAUACCACUAAUCUUCCCACAUCAUCCACUACUCAGACAACUACUCCGGGAAAUUUUCCAGUCUAUGAAGAUAUAAAAGGUUUUGGUAGUGAUCAUAAACCGAAGGAUUCAUACAAAGAAUAAUAAUAAAUAAAUAAAUAAAGAAUAAAACAAUAAAAAAUUUGAUGAAAUUUCUAAAGAAUAGUUUUAAAGAAUUGUUCAGCAAAAAUUGUUUGCCAUUGAUAAUGGAAAAUUGAUUGUAGGAUUCUAUCUGAAAUUUUUAAAUUUUUUUGUUACUGGAUUGUAUCAGAGAGCAAUCUGAAAGCAGCCAUUCCAGCCUUUUUCUGGAAACUCUUGAAACCCUAUAUAUCAGUACAUCAACAUCCAUUUUUAGUAAUAUGGAGAUUGGUAUUAGGUAUCACAUCUAUUUUAUCAAACUAUCGAUAAAAUUAUAGUAUCGAACAUGGAUGUGAUCCACAGAUACACAGUAGUGUAUCUAUGCUAAUAAGAGAACAAAUAUAGCGCGACUAAGGCUAAGUUUCACAACUCACAGUUAACCGAGGUUCAACUUAUUUUUCAUCUCUUUCCAAUUUCAACAUUAGAAAGAGACGAGGAAUAAGUUGAAUCUCGGUUAAGAGUUAACCAUGAGUUGUGAAAGCAGGCCUAAUAGGCAUUCAGCAACUCAAUAGUUAAAUGACACUGUUAUUGGUGUAGUCUUGUGGAUUAUCCAAUCAGACUUUAGAUUUAGAAGCAUACAUUAAGCAGUAAACAUUCACUCAACUGUUAAGUUCAUUGAAUGUGCUCAGUUACAACUCUGCAAUCAUUACUCUGCUUUCUUUUCUGCCGUUGUGAUUGAUUGUGUUAUUCCGUUCAAUUUAUAAUUAGUACAAUAAAAAUACAACAAAUAAUUGUAAA